AAAAGAUCAGAUGAAUUAAAAUCAUUUAUUAUAAUAAUAUAUAUCAAAAUAUAAAUAUUUUUAGAAACUAUUUUUUUUAAUAAAAAAAUUUUGCGAUAAAGAAGAAGAUAAAGUAUGUUUUAUUGCACGUUACGGUCGGGUGGUAAGUGGAGAGAGUCGUCCCUGAGCCAUGGUGCGCAGUUGUGAUGCGCGAAAGUACUACGGCGUCGGGAGUCAGUCAACUCGGUGACGUUCUACAGUGAAUGUCGUAUGGUGAAUUUGUUAUGCCGGUAUUUACGAAACUGAAACGAAGUGAUAAAUUUACGCACACACAUGUAUUUUCAAGAGUGAAUCGUGUAAUUAUAAUAAUAGUUUAAUCGUUAAACGCAUCAAAUAGGCUUAGUUAAGAAGAAAAAGAUACGAGUUGCAUUGGGGCGUCUCUGCAAACUAGAGCAGCGAACAAUGUAAAGUCGAUAUUUUUACAAAUUUCAUGUGAUGUAUGUGCAAUCCAUAGGCGAAGGAUAAUCAAUCAACAGAAGAGAUUAAAUUGAUCAAAAUGAUUUAUAUAAACGAAUAUGAUUUGAUUUGAGAAUGUAUCCAUAUAGUGGUUCAUAAUCGAGACGAAUGAGUCGUGAAAGCAUUAUCGAAAUAAAAUUUCUACUUUUCUUUGCGAACGAAUAGUGAAUAAGCGUACGUUGUCAUUUUCGUUCCGUUAUUAUUGCUAAAGACUUUAAAGAAAAAUAUACAGAAAGAUAGACAGAUAUAAUAUUAUAUUAGGCGUGGAACGAAAGGUAUGUUGAAAAAAAAAAUCAUAAGAAGAAGGCAUAGUGCAAACGAUUGAAAAAAUUAGGAAAGAAAAAAAAUACAAUCGAAAUAAGGAAAAGAGAGAAAGAGGGGAGCCAGGAUCGGUUGGAAGAGAGUCGGACGGUCGAGGUCGUCGGUGAAGUAGAAGGCGCGAAGCGCGCGCGCGACGAGUUUCUCGUCGUGACGAGUCGUGAGGAUGGAGGACGAGUUACGAUGCCCUUGUUGUAAAGAAUUGUUCGUUGAACCGGUGCUAUUACCAUGCUGGCAUGCUCUUUGUCUUGCGUGCGCGGUUAAUCUGCAAGCACCACCGGAUUCACCUCCAGAAUCGACGACUGAUUCAUCGAAUGCACCGGGAUCUGAUCAGGAAGCGGAUAAACUUUCGAUUCUUUCCGAAACGGAUUCUGGUGUAGUGUGCAGCAGCACAUCAACUAGCUCGCGACCAGGAAGCUAUGUCGGCACACCCGGAAACGGAGGUUUUCCACCAUCAGGCGGCACUUUAUGCCUCUCCUGUCCUGUUUGUCAGAAAACCGUUUAUUUUGACGAAGGAGGAGCUCACAAUUUACCCAAAUACAGGGCAAUGCAACAUAUCGUAGAAAAAUAUCAAGAAUCGAGAAACACGAGACUGCAAUGUCAAAUGUGUGAGGCUGAACCCCGGGACGCUACCGUCGCCUGCGAACAGUGCGAGGUUCUGUAUUGCGACGCGUGCAGAGAAUCGUGUCAUCCAAAGAGGGGACCUUUGGCGACGCAUAACUUGGGCCCGCCUCGAGGCAGCUGGCAAUCGAAUGGAGGAGGUAAAGGUGUUCGCGGUUCGAACGCGGAAACUACGCCUCUCUGUACCGAUCAUAACGGCGAACCGUUGACCCUUUACUGCGCUCUUUGCAAGAUCGCGAUAUGCGCUCUUUGUCUUCGAGAUCGCCAUGCAGCUCAUCCCCACGAUGUGCUCCCAUUGGCCGCAGCUUGCAAGGCUCAAAAGACGGAGCUCUCGCAAAAUUUGCAACAACUGUCGGAAAGAGCUCGGUCGACGACGGAAUUCAUUCAGAGGCUCAAAGGGAUGACCGACAAAGUGCACGAGGUGUACUGCGGUCGAGAGACGAUCUGCACCGUGGACGGAUUGCAUUUCAACUCUCUGUACAAUGCCAGGGUGAGGGCGUUUAACAGCGCCGGGGAAGGCGAGUAUUCCGAGUUGAUCGGCCUCCAGACUGCCGAGGUGGCAUGGUUCUCGUGGGCGACCGGGGCAUCCGGUAUACCGCAGGAGGUAUCAAUUUCCGAGGACGCGAUGAGCGCGUCCUGCGAAGGUUACGAGCACCGAGUUGUCCUUUCCAGCGUUGGAUUUUCACGGGGCGUUCAUUAUUGGGAAUUAACGAUCGAUCGUUAUCACGCGGACACGGAUCCAGCCUUCGGCGUAGCCAGGGCCGAGGUGUCGCGGGAUAGAAUGCUCGGGAAGGACGACAAGGGUUGGAGCAUGUACAUAGACCGGCAGCGUUCUUGGUUCAUGCACGGGGGUGGCCACGCGCAGAGGACCGAAGGCGGGGUGCAGCAGGGCUCCACGGUGGGGGUGCUCCUCGAUCUGGACACCACGCACACCCUGCGCUUCUUCGUGAACGACCAGCCCCAGGGAGGGAUCGCGUUCCGCGAUCUCUACGGCGUGUUUUAUCCGGCAGUGAGCUUGAACCGGGGGGUGACCGUCACUUUGCACACAGCGUUGGACGUGCCCCGUCACUUGCUGGCGUUGCACGAAGAGUACAUGACGGACACGAUCCAGAGCUAGGGGUACCUAACCGUCCUGAAGAAGGGCCUUUUGCAGGAAGUCGGCUCGCCCUGCCCCUCGUCGGCGAGCGAGAAAUCGUGCAGGGAGUUGUUCAACGGCCAGCUCGAGAAGAUCGUCGAGGAAUCCCUCGGUGAGACCAACUGACCGUCUUCCACCGACCCACGCUUCGACGCCACUUCGACUCAGCGCAACUUUCUUUCCAACUUUAAUUUAUUUAUUUAUUUUUUUUUUUUUUUUCCGUUCUACAGGAAUGCCUCGAUAUAUAUCCUCUUACUUUGAUCAAAUUAUCGCGCCCUAAUUCUCGUUCGCUCGUUUCGUGGGUUUCCGGGUAAGCUGAAUAUAUAUAUUGAGAGAUUCGAUUGAUCGUAAUUUCGAUCGACAAUUUCGGCCUGUGCGUUAAUAAAUCUCGGAGAUAAGGAGAAGAAUUUCGCCGCCCUUCCUCGACAAAUAAUUAUUGUACUGCUUCGUAAGAAUGGGAAAGGGAGGGAGGGAGGGAGGGAGGGGAGUUUGUGGACGAAACGCGGAAUCGUUUCGUGGUAUUUUUUUCUUUUUUUUUUUGGAACAACAAGAUUAUUUCUCUCUGGAAAAAGAUCACUGCCAGAGUAUAAGUCAAGAAUACGUCGAAUCGAAGACUGCCAUUUUUCGAGGGGGUUGAAAUAAAACCGAAAUAUUCUCCGUCUAACGAUCGUAAACGGGAUCGUAUUCUUAUCCAUAUCGACACGUAUAACGUAAGUGUAGUAGUCGCGUAGGCAUAAGAUAAGCUCUAUCGAUAUUUAAUAAGAUGCAUUGCGAGGGAUAAAAAGAAGGAAGGAAGGAAGGAGGGAAGAGAUGAAGGGAUAUCGCAAGGCUAGCAGACACGCAGCAAACAAGCACGUAUAUACAAGCAAGCUCGUAAGCUUUAGCGAAAAAGUAAAGCGAGUCGAAUAAACGUUUUCUAGUCCCCGAUAAAAAUUUUCGUCCGUUUUUUUUUUUUUUUUCUUCCUCUUCCUUAACCUUAACCCUUCCCCUCGGUUGAAGAAUUCACGCCCAUCACGUCGAGUGAUUUGCUUUUAAUCGCGCUACCUACUUGAUCCCUUACUCGUCGCAUUGUUAUUUCUCUUUCUUUCUCUCUCCAUCUAUCUAUCUGUCUUUCUCUCUUUCUCUUUUUUACACAAUUUUUAUAUCCACCCACGAUGAAUACUACUAUUAUCGACUACUGCGUUUCUCCGCUUCUUUCGAAGCAAAAAAAAAAAAAAAAAAAAAAAAAANAAGAAAAAAAAAAAGAAAAAAAAAAAUAUUACGAAUAUUCGAAUUUAAUGCUUAUUUAAAGAUAGAUGAUGCAGCGCACAUACUCGUGAAAACGUUCCUCCCAGCAACCAGAUCGAGGAGGGACCAAGAUCGGCGUUGUAUAUAUUUGUAUAUACAUAUCUCGAUUGUAUUUCCAUAUCUGAUGAAUUUGCCAACUGUAUUUACAACAACCCUAUCAAUAAAUCACAGCAGAAAGAGAGAGAUAUCAUUCGCGAUCGUUUCUAUUUUUCCUUAUAUAAGCAAUCCCCUCUCCCCCCUCCUCUCCUCGAUUUCAAAAGUACUUCUAAGGAAGAGAAGUCCUUUCCCUUCAUAUUUUGAUUCAUUUCCGUACAAAUAUUUCCCUCUCUCUCUCUCUCUCUCUCUCUCUCUCUCUCUCUCUCUCUUCCCCUCACUCUCUCCAAGAAAGGAUAAAAUCUUGAAGAAAUUUCAUUAUCAUCACACUUAUUUAAAAUCGACCUUAAUAAUUUUUCCUUGGCUUUAUAACAAGGAACAAUAAUAUAACUGUUCCUUAUCCACUAAUGACGCAACC